AUGGGGCGUUGUGCCUCUGAAGCGAGGGCUUUGAUUGAGAAGAUGGCGGCCAAUCAGUCAAGUUGGCCAGAGUCCAAUAGGCCCGAGCCAUCGAGGGGUCUGUACCAGGUCCCUACUUCCGUAUCUCACGAUGCAAGGAUCGACAGUUUGUCAAUCCAAGUGAAGGAGCUGUCUAAGCUUAUGAAGCAGGACCUGCGUACUAAAGGAAAACAAGCAUUACAUGAGGCCGCGGAAUGCGAGGAGAAAGCUUAUGACGACCAAAAAUGUCCGCAGGUUGCUGAGUAUUCAAAUGAGGAAGCUCAGAACCCGGCGGAGGUCUUCUAUAUGGCUGGCAGAAAUGCCCCUCAAUUCCAGCAGUUCCAAAAAGGGCAAGUUCAAGGCCCCGCUGGACCGCGUCCUCAGCAACAAUUUCAGAGGCCACAACAGUUCGCUGCACAACAAUAUGUCCAAGGGGGAUAUCAUCCACAUCAUCAACAAUACAAUCAAACCCCCCAUUUCCCGCAGCAGGCACAUGCAUUCGCUCAACCUCCCACAGCGGCACAAGUCCCGUUGAGUCUGGAGGAACUCUGGAGGAACACAGAGCGAGCGAAUCAGGAGUUCCAAAGAAACACAUCUGCUUCGAUCAAAAUGCUGGAAGUACAAGUCGGGCAGAUUGCUGAAGCGCUGAAGCUGAAGCAGAAAGGAACGUUGCCUGGGACAGUCGAGACUGUCCCGAACCAAGCAAAGGCCAUCGAAACUAGAGGAGGAAAAAGGACGCAAUCACCACCACUGCCAGACAGAGGUAUGAAUCAAUCUUCUUCCCCUAUUGUUGCUAAUAUGCCUGUGCAGGAUGAAAUUACACAGAUUCCAUCUAAGGAGCAAGGUCCAUCCCAACCUCGAGCGACACCAGCCGCUCAGGAGUCUGACCCGAAGGAAAAGGAUAUUGCUCAGCCUUUGGUUCGAGCUCCCUUUCCCGCACGAUUUGGGAAAAAGGACAACUCCAAGGAGUUUGAUAAGUUUGUACAUACUUUCCGUAGUCUUCAAAUUACUAUACCGUUUGCUGAUGCUUUGUCUCAGAUGCCACAUUACGCUAAGUUUAUCAAGGAUAUAAUCAAUCGGAAGCGGGCAUUUCCUGAUGAAGUGGCAGCGGUGCAGCUGGAAAGUGUGUGCAGCGCCGUAUUUAAGGAGGACCUCCCAAAGAAACUCAGUGAUCCUGGGAGUUUUAUCAUUAGUUAUAUAAUAGGAAAUUUAGAGCCGAUUAGGGCAUUAUGUGAUUUAGGUGCAAGUAAUGGAUCGCUCGAACUGGAAGAUAAAAAGAAUUCAGCUGAGGCAAGCGACGACAUUCAAGCGCCCACUGAAUCCAUUGAACAAGCGAAUUAG